CGGUGAGACCCGGACAAGCGCUGUUCGCCGUGGUGAUCAGCUGUGCGAGUCUGCGGCUGGUGCUUGGUGCGUCCGCCGUAACUUCAAAAUGCAGGCUCAGGAGACCAGAAAGCAGGAAACCAGCAUGGUUGAGUGAGGAUGAGACUUCCCAGCUCUGUCCUUGUGUCGGUCUCUUUGUUUACGGCCGAGACGACAGCGGCUCUGUAUCUGAGCUCCACGUACCGCUCCGCAGGCGAUCAGAUUUGGCAGGGUUUCACGCUCCUCUUCACGCUGGUGCCAUCAGUGCUGGUGCAGCUCACACUCAUCUUUAUUCACAGAGACCUGAGCAGAGACAGACCUCUAGUGCUGCUGCUUCAUAUCUUACAACUAGGUCCAAUAAUAAGGUGCCUGGAUGCCUUCUGUAUCUAUGGCAGUGCAGGAAAGGUGGAGGAGCCGUAUGUCACCAUCACCCGUAAAAAGCAGAUUCCUCGCGAAGGACAGACGGAGGAGGUGGAGCAAGAAGUGGGACAGGCAGAGGGGAAGUUAGUGACCCACAGAGCCGCUUUCGCCAGGACUUCUGUCAUACAGGCCUUCCUGGGCUCUGCACCCCAACUCACACUACAGCUCUACAUCUGUGUGCUCCAGAGAAAACUUUCUAUCGGCCGAGGCACACUGAUGGUCAUCUCCCUUCUCUCUAUUGUAUACGGAGCCUUACGUUGCAAUAUUCUCGCCAUAAAGAUACGCUACGAUGACUACGAAGUCUCCGUGCGUCCACUGGCAUACAUGUGCGUGUUCCUGUGGCGUGGGUUUGAGAUUGCCACCCGUGUGGCCGUCCUGGUCCUCUUCAGCUCCGUGCUGAAGGUAUGGGUGUUUCCGGUGGUGUUGGCCAACUUCAUCCUCUUCUUUCUUCACCCGUGGGCCCUUUUCUGGAGCAGCCGAUCUCCAUUUCCAGAGAACAUUGAAAAAACAUUGACCCGAGUGGGAACCACCAUCGUCCUCUGCAUGCUGACCUUUCUAUAUGCUGGCAUUAAUGUGUUCUGCUGGUCCGCCGUGCAGCUCAAAUUGGAUGACCCGGAUCUGAUCGACAAGGGUCAAGCUUGGAGGAGGCAACUGUUUUCCUCCAGUCCGGCUCAGGGCUUUUGGGAGUGUUGCGGAUCUCUCUGUAUGCUCCGUGGGACUCUUUCGCAGCCUGGUUCCAUGAGGAGCAAGCCACCGGGGAAGGAGACCGGAGAUGAUCCGGUCUGUGUUACCAAAGGAGACAUGACACAGAGUCUGUGCGGUGCCGUGUGAGGAAAGCACAACUUAAAAGGAGAGUUCAGCACAAACAUGGACAUUGUCUUUCUUUUGUUCAACACCAAAAGAUGUUAUGAACAAUGUUGGAAAUUGGUUGCCGAAAUUGCGAAAAACAAUUACUAUGGAAAUCAAUGACUGUUUCCAACUUGCUUCAAAAUAUCUUCUUUUGUGAUUGAAACAAGUAGAUGGUGAGAAUAUGAUGACAGUUUUCAUUUAUUUUGGGUGAAUUAUCCCUUUUAAAGUAAGGGACAGCUAAACUUGUAAUAUAUUGUUAAUGAUCAAAAUAUAAGUUAAGAUAUUUUUGAGCAAACCUUGUAGGUUGCAGACACUCUACACUGAAAAAAAUGAAUUAGAUUUAGUAAUUCUUUAAGGUUAGUGGUUGUAAACUAUUUAUAUGGGCUGAAUUUAAGCAAAGUAAUUUACUAAUGUUCAACUUAAUUUGUUUGCUUAAAUUCAGCCCAUAUAAAUUGUUUGCAACCAUUUACCUUAAAAAAAAUGAGUAAAUCCAAUGAAACGUUUUUAUUUUUCAGUGAUCAGAAAUGAAGUAAUGCUAUUUUGGAUCAGCAUGAAGGUGAGUAAAUCUUGACAGAAUUAUAUUUGUGGAUGAACCAUCUCUUUAAACACAUUGUCAUGAAGUGCCCUUUAAGGAAUGAAAGGAAGAAUUAAAAAUAAAAAGUUGAAUUUCUGCCUUUGGUACUUACUGCAGGAAUGUAAGAGGCAGUGUUUGUUUGUACCUUUUUCUCUUGUUUGGUGAGGCAAAUGAGCCAGCAUGGUCCACUGAAAUGCAUGUGAAAAUCCCUGUCGAGAUGAACCCGCUGCUUUGGUCGUGUGACGUGGAAGCGCUUUGUUUGUUUCCCAUUUGGUGUUGGUUUGAUUAAUGUUACAGCGUCUAAGCUCUCUGUGUCUGCAUUAUUUAAAGCCGAUUAUUGAAAAGAUUGUAUUUGCAAAGUUUAUAAGCUUUUGUUGCCACUUUAAGGGCAUUGCUUUCUGAAAACUGUUUGACAACCUCUCAGGUUUGUUAAUACUUUUAAUCUUAUUUGUCUUGUUUUCUAUUUGUCUAUAUUAGUCUUAAUCUGUUCAUAUAAUGUAAGAAUGUGAAAUUAGUUCUGACUUGUCAUAUGAUAAUAAUAACUUAUGGCCUAAAUUCAAGGGAUUACUUGAAAAUGCUUUCAAAAUUGACAGAUAAUGAGAAUUACUGCCGGGUAGCCAAAGCCUUCAAAAUUCCUCAAAGAGUUAUUAGUUAAGUGAUUGUUUUUCCUUUCUUUUGUUUACACUCCUACUUUGCAUUGGUCUUAUGUAAGGACCUCUUUUGCACAUUAUUCUUAUUUUUUUCUACAAACAGCACAAAUGUCACUCAUGUCAUACAGGGCAGUAGAUGAUUACGUCCUUUGCUGCCCCCCUGUGGGGAGUUUAAUAGUGAUGAGGGUCUGGAAACUCCUUUAAAACAUGUCCAUAAUCACUGUAUAGAGCACAUCACUGCUUUUGAUAUGAGGAACUGUCAGCAAAACCAUAAUAAAAAAUAAAGGAGAAUGUUAUUUUGUC